AGGCACCGCGAGCUAUGUGAGGUAGUGUAAGCUUCAGAAUUUGCGUACAGCUAGUUUACUAGUCAGUCACCGAACAUGUGGAUAGCGAGGGCAGUUUACGAUUUUCGAUCUGCUUCGGAUUCGGAAGUGAGCCUUGUCAAAGGUGACAUUGUGCAGGUCCACGAUGCACCGGAGGGUGAUGGUAAGAAGAAGCAUUGGGUGCGCGGAACAGUUUACGGCCGUGGAGAAGGAAAUGUACCGACAUCUUGCCUGUCCAGAGUCUCGAUUCCUCCGAUUAGAGCUUCGUAUCAUGAUGGGGAUGAAAUCCUAAUUGCCGGGGAAGGAUUUCUCGGUACUGACCCCACUCAGGAUUUGCCGUUUUCGAAAGGAGAGUUUUUAAUUGGACGAUUUAAGCUGAAUGACGAUUGGAUGUUCGGAAAAAGCAUCGACGGGAGCAGGUGUGGGCGUUUUCCUUUGUCUGUGGUCAUGGAAGUGAACCCGAAACCUGAUUCUUCGGGUCAAGCGACGCUUCCAGUGAGCGAAAAUGUUCGAUGCGAAGCUCUGGCCGCCGCCAAUGUUACUGCCCAAUUACCUGGCGAAUUAUCAGUCCGACAGGGUGACCGAGUGGAAGUGCUACAAUUGGAUGGCGACGGUUGGUACGAAUGCAGACUGGAUGAUGGUUCAACUGGUCUUCUAAGUGCACAAGUGCUGACCAUUGUUCAAGGUUCUGAAAAGUUUCAAAGCAAUGGAUCUAAUCCCGAUCCAACUGAUUUAGAACUGCUGGCAGUUCAGCAUGAUUUUACCGCCGAGUUCGAUAAUGAGCUGUCCUGUCGGAAAGGCGAAUUUGUGUAUGUCAAAGAAAGGGUUGAAGGUGAUUGGAUACGAGUUCAAGCUGUGAUAUCCGGAAAUGUAGGCCUUGUUCCCGCAAGUUUUCUUGGGCCUGCCAGCAAAAAUGCUUCGCAAAUGCCUGCUGCUCAAGAAGCACCUGAUGUUCAAAUUGCCACACCGUCAGUUCCAAAGGUGAACCAAAAAUUUCUUAGAGUGUUGUAUGACUUCGAGCCUCAGCAUGACGGAGACCUCCGACUGAAAGCUGGCUCUCUACUUGAGUUGAUUUCCUACACGGAUGACGAACAUUGGUUACGGGCCAGAGAUUCAGAGUCGAAAGUCGAAGGAAUGUGUCCCGCAGCUUUUGUGACCGAUGAAACCGCGGAACCUUCGAAAUCGACGCCAGCCCGGGGUAACUCGUUCAAUGCGGCUGAUUUUGCAGUGGCCGUGAGCUCAAAACGAGAUCCUUCUGGAGUGAAUAUUGAUGCACGGAUCGAGAGAAACUUGUUGGAUAUUUCGCUAAACUCACCUCGGCCCAAUGUCAGGAAAAGUCCGAGUCCGCAACCCGUGUUCCCAUCCGCACCCGAAACGUCUUCCGCAUCUCCGACGUCGCGGUAUGAUAAUUUGCAUAGCGCAUUCGUCGGGCACGACUCCGAUGGACUCGACAAUGACCUCGUGGAAGAACUCACAGAGAAGCCGAAGCCAUUGCCGAGAAGAUCUCCUCCGAAGCCCAGCUUUCCACCCGCGAUACCGAGAAGACCUUCUCCUGUCAAACCCCCUCGUGAACCCAAAGCUGAAUUAGGAGAGGUGUCAAAUCAUUUGCCAGCAAACCUGGAAGAACCUAUGACCGAGGAUUUUGGCAAUGUGAUCGGCAGUGAAACACCUCAAUCUGUCCGCUCCAGUCACUCGAAUUCGGAUUCUCUGGAUAGCUCAUCUUUCGUCGAAGAAGGGGCAAAGGUUAUGAGCCAGCGGGACCAUGUUGUGAAAGAAAUACUUACAGCCGAAAGAGAUUUUAUUAAACAUUUGAAAAUAGCCGCUGAGGUAUUUGGUCUGCCUUUUGCCCCUGCCCUUGAAGAACAUGGUAUGUCGUCGAAAGCCAUUUUCGGUAACUUCCUUGAGGUGAUCGAGGUUGCAGAGAAGCUCGAAAGAGCGCUGACGGUCAACAUUGACGGCGUUGAGCCGUCAAAACAACGCAUUGGAUCGUGUUUCAUUGCCCUGAAAGGAGAACUAGAAGAAGUGUACCUGAAAUACUGUUUGCAUUACAGUAAAGUAACCGCAACUUUGGCCACGUACAUGGCUGUUAUGAAACGGAAGGAAACCCUGGAUGAGCUAGCGUAUAAUAUCCGGAGUCGUGGUGUUAAUUGUAUCAGCGUUGGGUCAAUUUUGGUGGAACCUGUUCAGCAUGUGUUGAAAUACCAUCUUCUGCUAGCCGAACUCAUUAAGGCAACUGAAGAAGGUCACGAAGAUUUGGUGGAUCUUUGGGAGGCUCAACGAUUAGCCCUUGAGAGAAAUACCAAAAUCAAUGAAACUGGUCGUUUGACGGAAAUAUUGGAGAAAUAUUCCCGUAACGCAUCGCAUAGAAGUUCCGUAUCUGGAAGAAUCUCAAACGUUUCCAUGCAUUCAAUCUCGAAAAGUGCGGGAAGACUGGCAACGUCUCUGGCUACUUCUAUGGGUCUUGCGUCAGAGACGAAGUGUGCGGUGUUCGAUGAGCGCGGGAAGAGGUUCAGAGACAUAGACGAAUGCAUCAAGGCGUUUAAAAAAUGGGUGUUGAAGUUCGUGGCGGAAUUCGACAGUGUGCUUAAGUUGGAGCUUGCUUUAUGUGAAGGGCUGAGGCAGCUGUUCGGAGCAGAAAAGAAGCCCGAGGAAGUGGAACGAUUCUGGGGAGUUCACUACGAAAUUUAUUCCAGAGUCUGGCCGAAUUUCGAACGACAGCUAGGGGUACAGGUCAUAACUCCGCUUGGAAUCCUUUCGGAAACAUUAGAUCGACCUCGCUUUUUAAUGGAGAAACGAAGGAACAAGUUGUUGGACUACGAUAAAGCCAGGAAUAAGUACGUGAAAGCAAAGGAGCAAACUAUGCAGAUGAAGGAGGAAAUGGAUACAGCGGAAAAAACUUACGCAGCUCUGAACGCCCUUUUGAUUGAGGAACUUCCUACCGUUUGUGAUAUAUGUCACGAGGUUGUGUCAAGAUGCUUCCUAAACUUCUUCGUUAUAAGAAAGAAGCUAUGUGGAGCGAUUUUCAAGGAAUUGAUUUCAUUAUCCGAGAUGCCUUUACUGGCGAGUGGACAUUCAAAUAUUUAUGACAGCUUCUUCACAAAGCACAAACUGGUGUGCAAUCAAAUGUCACGAUUUUCCCUGCUUUCUAUAAAAUUUAGCGAUGAUGUUUUUGCGUCCAACCAAAAUUCGGAUUCCGUCGGUAUGGUUCCUCGACUUCCCCGCAGAUUUUCGAAGUCAUCUCAUGAUCAGAAACCAGUCGUGCCUUCCCGACAAUUCUCUGCGCCAGAGCCAAUCCAACCAGCAGUCGAGAGAAUGAACGGAGCAAGUGAAAGAAGUUCCGGAGCGUCGCUAAGCGAUUCUGAAAGCGUUAGGAUGAAAUAUCCUGCUGAAAAAGUAUACCUCGUAAUGCGGGAUUUCCCUGAGGAGAAGGAAGAUACGACCGGUGGCGGCAUUUUGCCAGCCAUGUUUGUCGAGCUGGUUUUGAAAGUGAAAAAAGACGAUGUUGUUGGCGUAGUUAAGCGGGAACUUCCGUCUGGCGGUUCGUCCCAUUGGUUCAUUGACAACGGCGUGUCUCAGGGCUUCGUUCCGCAUCAAAUCCUACAGCCGGAGUGUCAAAGAAGAGCAUCGACAUUGACUCCAUCACGUGGAGCUCCUAGUGUUACUUCACAGCGCGUAUCAGUUUCUCCAUCAAUAAAUCAGAGUCACCUUUACGACGAUCCGCCGCCACCGUCGUACGAUGAGGUAGUUUGUUUGGGUGCUGAGGGUGUUUCUCCAAAGCUGUAUCCGGAGAACAAAUCGCUUGAAGUGCAGAACGUGGACGUGAGAGAUAAAUCUCCUCUCAAACCCAAGGCGGCUAAUUCAUCGCAGGCCCGUGUAAUGUUUGAGUACAAAGCGGAUACUGAAGUGGAACUGAGUGUGAGCGUCGGAGAAACUUUAACCGUCAUGCAUUGCGGGGAUAACGCAGGCAACAAGGACUGGAUGUACGUCGAGAACGGGUUCGGAAAGCGCGGUUAUGUUCCCACUUCAUAUGUGCAGCUUUUGGAGUGAGGUUCGUUUUAUUUUCUUGCCACUCGAUCAAGCUUGAGUUUGUUCAUGUUGGAAAAUUCAGAAGGGACGCCGCUCAAAUUUUUAAACGAUUGCAAUCUCGGAAACUGCUGAAAUCAACUGCGUAGAUAUUAAUCUUCAAAAAUAUUGUUCGGAAGCAAUUUUUACACAGUCCUUACACCCUGAAGCGUGGAACAUGAGAAGUGAUUGAGGUAAUUCCAAGGUGAUCGAAUUUGCUUGUUUUUCUGUUAGAAUGUUAAAUUGACCGUUUCAAGCUACGUGUGUUUGGAGGAGAUUUAUUUUGUUGAAGUCGUCAAUUUCUUCAGUGUACAAAUACCGGUACUUGCACCCAUCCACGACCAGUUUCUGUGAGAAGGCUCGAUUCAAACUCGAAGUAGUGAUAAUCGACUUGCGUUCAAAGCACCAGCUCUUUUCAUUUUUCGAAACUUAGAGUGAGGAAUGUUUGUUUUGCAUUUUGUUAUUCUGCGGAAAUUCCGAUCAGGAUUUAUGCAUACAUUCUGUGCAAUUUUAUUCAGUAUAUUUUAUGUUAUGCACUUUUACGAUUGGCGUGUGCUGUGAUUGCUUCAGGCCAGAUAUAUCCAGCUUGUGAUUUUUGUUGCUUUUGCGCAAUUUCGAACAUUUUAUCAUGGAUAUAGCGUGCGGUGACUUCGGCUGCGGAUAUGAUUACCCAGUGUAAAAUUUGAGUGACUCUGUGUAUCCAAGAAAUGAAAUUGUAUCUGAUCUAA